UGGACUAAAAAUAAUUGUUGUCUGAGAAUACGUGAAUUCAACAGUGCUAGAAAAUCCCUGCCAUCUGACGUAGAAGGAUUUAUAGGUUUAGUGGAAAUUGCUUUCCCCACUGUCCAGAUUAAAUACUGCAGGAUGAUUUUUUGUAUGAGUAAACAUCCUUCCAAAAACGAUCAGACCGAUAAUGUCUUAAAAAGAGAAACAGGAUCUACAUUUAGAUUUUCUUUUUCUUGUAUGGACUAUUUCUGGAUACUAGACCUUCAGGUAACAUGUUGACUGUCCAUAAAAUGCAUUUUAGCAUCUUCCUCCUGCUGUGGGGAUGGAUUUUAUCCACUGAAUGCAGAACCCACCGACAAGGAAAAGAAAUACAUGAGGUAUACAAAAAAGGCAGCCGGCCGCAGCGGCAGCGACGGGAAGCCCACGGCGAGGCGCACAAGCAGGGCAGCCCAAUCUUAAAACGAAGCCCUGACAUCACCAAAUCUCCCCUGACGAAGUCAGAGCAGCUGCUGCGAAUAGAUGACCAUGACUUCAGCAUGAGACCAGGUUUUGGAGGCCCUGCAAUUCCUGUUGGGGUGGAUGUCCAAGUUGAAAGUCUGGACAGCAUUUCUGAAGUGGACAUGGACUUCACCAUGACUCUUUACCUGAGGCACUACUGGAAAGACGAGAGGCUGUCCUUCCCCAGCACCAACAACCAGAGCAUGACCUUUGAUGGCAGACUGGUGAAGAAGAUCUGGGUCCCCGACAUGUUCUUCGUGCACUCCAAGCGUUCCUUCAUCCAUGACACCACCACAGACAAUGUCAUGCUGCGGGUCCAGCCAGAUGGGAAGGUACUUUAUAGCCUCAGAGUUACAGUAACAGCAAUGUGCAACAUGGAUUUUAGUCGCUUUCCCCUGGACACGCAGACAUGUUCCCUGGAGAUUGAAAGCUAUGCCUACACUGAAGAUGACCUUAUGCUCUACUGGAAGAAUGGGAAUGAUUCCCUAAAAACAGAUGAGAGGAUAUCACUGUCCCAGUUCCUGAUUCAGGAGUUUCACACCACCACAAAGCUUGCCUUUUACAGCAGCACAGGGUGGUACAAUCGCCUCUAUAUAAACUUCACGUUACGCCGACACAUCUUCUUCUUCCUGCUCCAGACCUACUUCCCUGCCACUCUCAUGGUCAUGUUGUCCUGGGUGUCCUUCUGGAUCGACCGCCGAGCGGUUCCUGCCAGAGUCCCGUUAGGCAUAACCACCGUGCUGACCAUGUCCACGAUCAUCACUGGGGUGAAUGCCUCCAUGCCUCGUGUUUCCUACAUCAAAGCCGUGGACAUUUACCUGUGGGUCAGUUUUGUGUUUGUCUUCCUCUCGGUGCUGGAGUACGCGGCUGUGAAUUACCUGACAACGGUGCAAGAGCGGAAGGAGAGGAAACUGCGGGACAAGCCUGCCUGUGCCUGCAGCCUGCCUCAGCCCCGGGCCAUGAUGGUGGACGGCAGCUACAACGACGGGGACGUGAACGAGCUGGGGCACUUCAUGUCCGAGGACGGGGACAAGCAGGAGCGGAUGAUGGUGCAGCUGGCGCUGGGCUCGGAGAGGGGCUCGGCCAGGAGGAAAAACCAGAGAUACGUCAGCAUGCGCAUCGACACCCAUGCCAUCGACAAGUACUCCAGGAUCAUAUUCCCUGGGGCGUACAUUCUCUUUAAUUUGAUAUACUGGUCCAUUUUUUCAUAAAGAUUCGUAACUUUAGUCACAGAACAUUGUGACAUGAAAUGAAAGUACAAUCUCAUAGGCUAAGAGAAAGAAAAUAGGGAAUAGUUUUAUUUGGAAGGAAGAUUGAAUUUUUCCAGAAUUUUUUUUUUUUUAUUAGAGGUAAUUCACAUGUGGCAUAAAUAAUUGUGGAAGUUUCACAUGUCAGCAAAAUAUAGGAUACACAAUCUCAAAUUUUGUACUUAUUUAAACAUGUGCUAUGUUCCUUCUUGUGCCUCACAGGCCACUGUAAACUAAUUUAACAAGUGACUAUAAUUGCCAGUUGCUUAUAUAUGGUGCAUCCUCCAUUUUGUGCCCCCGAAAUCCUAAUUUUCUGAGUACCUGAGUGCAUGCAUCUCUCAGCUCAGCACACUGACUACAUUCAAUACCAAUAAAUACAAGAAUAUGCAAAUACUUGCAUGUUUGCAGGAUGAGGUAAUUACAAACACAAAAUAUCCAGUACUGGGAAACACUUUGGCAAGGUUAUCGAUGGCUACAACUUUCACAGCUUAAUGUAUGACUCAAUAGCAGUACUGCACUGACAGGUCCACAUAGCAAUACUUUCAGACUUGUGCUUCGUCUUAAUAGUAUUUAAAACAUGGAAAUAUUUCCAAACUGUCUUGACUAAGAGUUUUAAAAUACGAAUUGCAAUGUACAUUUAACAAGGAAUGAACAAAAGCCAGACUUCCUGUAAUACUUAACCAAAUCCUCUGGGAAACACAGGAGCUCUCCUUGGAUCUGCUUAUUUGGGUCACUGGUAGCUUUGCUCUUGAGAUUCCUGGGAAUGGGUUUCUCUGCAAAAUGAUCCAGUGAAGACAAUCUGUUAUCUAUGAAAAAACUCCAAACUACUUCAGGAGAAACCUCUUUCCUCUGAUAUAGUCUGGGUAUUGCCAGCCUGUAUAAGCCUGAAAACCUGUUGCAGCCUGCAAUGCCAGCAGUAGUUGUAACUCACUUUCAGGAAAAUCCAGGUUCACCUGUUUGUAAUAAAAGCAUAACAGAAAGGUGCUCAACAGCUGACAAAGCAGUAGUAAGGACUUUACAAGAGAUACCAUGCCAAAACCUUUGGAAUAAAGUAAGAAAACAGCUUCCUCCAUAAGACAGCAGCUCCACUGCAGACACAGGUACAAGUGACAAAAUCUGCUUUCAUGCUGCAUGGCCCCCAGCAUCCUGCAGCCCACCAUGCCCUCAGAGAAGGCUCAGCACCUUCCAGGGCAGAGCAAGGGGACACAGCUGCAGCUGGGGGCAGCUGGCACUGACUUAAGUCUCAACUCUCCAACACAGUGUCUGCAGAGCAGCCUGUCAGUGUGAAUAUACUCCAUAUGGAAAAGGCAGAAUCUGUAAUACAGAAGUGAUAAAAUAGUUCAGAAAAACAAGAAUCAGUUGAAUGGAAUCAGGGGCCUUUACAACACCAGCAGCACCAAAGGUGUCUCAGAAUUGUGAUAAUUCAGUUUUUCUGCUGCUACAUGAUAUACACCUGUGUUCACAAAGCUACCUGAGGGUUUGCAUUCACAGGAUUCCAAACACCACAUGCUUUUGCACAAAAUUGCAGAAUUCAUUACUGCCCGCACAGCAGAUACUCUCGUGUUUUACAGGCAGAGCUGCUCUGAGCAUCAGACCAAAGCAGUUGUGACUCCAAAAGGAGAGUGAAUCUUCUUACAUGACACCUGCCCUGUCCUGCCUGUUCUGUCACUCGACCAUCAGGUGUGUGACACAGUCAUUGCAGUUGUUUGAACACUGCUGGUUGUUGUUUUUAUUUCUUAUGUAAAUAAAUGUUACAUAAACCUACUCAGCAUUUCUUACAACUGCUAAAAUUGUGACCUGAAAAACUCCCUACACUCAUCUCACACAGCCUGCACUCCAUAGGUAAGGCAGUAAAAUCACAAAAGCUAAACAUCAUCAAAAACCACACCCACCCAUAAGAUAGUCCUGCUACUUAUUUCUACAGAGAUUUUUUUUUACAUGCACAUGUACUAUCAUACCUUAUUUUAUCAAGUCCCCUUCAUAGAAUAUUAGUCUCCUGUAAGUUUUUACAAGAGAUUAAAAAAUUGCCUUUUUUUUUAACCUGUAAACUUUUCAGUCAAAUUAAAGUAGAAAGGUCACUCUGGUAAAAGCAGAUAAAAGGUUGACUUCCAGGUUUUCCCACUCUACAUUAAUCUUUAUUCCUUAUUCUGAUGACAGCUUUCCCCACAAAUAGAUUUUUUGGGCAAACUUGCACAGGAAUGUAUUUAGAUUCUCAGUAUUGCAAGAACCCAUUUACUUCUACAACUUAAUAGCAUGAACAAGAGUGCCAGAUUUUAUAGUAAGCUCUUCAGCUCCAUAAGAAGCUUAAUGUUCUGUAGUUUUCUGCAGUAUGGUACAUUCCUUUAUAGACUCAUUAAUCUCAUACUACAUACAUUAUUUGGCAUCUGAUCAGUAUAUUAAAGGAGAUUUUGAAGAUACAAAUGGGAGCUGGAUUUUGAAUUCACUGGCUUUCAGUGGGAACCUAGUUUCCAACUUCCCAUAUGAUUUUUCAAAAUUUCCCUUCUAGCACAACCCCCUAAACUGAUUCCCCAACCUCAGUGUUUGGAUUUACACUAUUAAUUUACUUGUGUUUUAUUUGGGAAACUCUAGUGCCUUUUCAGUCUUAUAUAAAUGUGUAUAUACAUGUACUCUAUAACUACAGGAUAUGUCAUAUACAGUCAGUGUUUGCUAUCAGCAACUGUACUCAUUAAACAUAUUUACAUAUGCACUUUUUUGGCUUUUAACCUUUCACUGUAUAGGUUUUGUAUCCAAUCAUUAACACUCUGCUCCUUUCCACUUCUACAAUAACUCAAAGAGGUUUGUUUUGCUUUUGUUUAUUUCUAGAAACACUGAAAAUCACAAUAAAACUUCACAUUUGUACAGCA